AUGGGGAUCAGCAUGAUGCGGAUGCACGUGGUGGUGGUGUGCUCCGUGGUGGGCUUCCUAGGCCUCGUCGUCGUCAUCCUCGGAGUCGCCGCCGAGGCCGCCACCGCGCAGGCGUGGGUCUCGGCCGGCGAAAUAGACAUCGACGACGGCGGCCUCAACGUCAAGUGCGUGUACCGGGCCACGCCGGCACUGGGCUGCGGUAUCGUGGCGGCGCUGCUCGCGCUCACGUCUCAGGUCGCCGUUACCUACGCCAGCCUCUGUAGCUGGUGCUGCCGGACAUGGGAGCUCCCCAAGGAGACGAGGCGCAUCGUCGGCAUCGCCCUGUCCGCCGUCUCAUGGAUCAUCGUGAUCAUAGUGGUGGCACUGUUCAUCGCGGGCGCAGCGAUGAACACGGACCAGAAGAGAGGCCUCACCGCCGACGAGAAAUGCCCCAUCGACCCCGGCAGCGCGUUGUUCGCCGCGGCGACGGUGUUUUCUGUGGUGGCCACCGGCUUGCAGAUCGGCUCCUGCGUCCUGCUCCUGGCGACGCCGCCGAAAGGCUCCACGAAACCGCUGGCCACGCAGCAGCAGGACUUGGCCACGGGGCAGCCGGAGUCGCAGCAAAGUGCAGAGGUGGUGGUAGCAGGUGGUGACCCCCCGCCGCCUUCAGCUCCUUCCUUGUCGUCUGAAACUAAAAGCCAAGUUUGA